UGGCCUGUUAGUUCUUACAGGGAGCUGUCAGUUCCUUCGCACAGAUUUCAAUAAGAGAGAAUGCAUGAUAAUUGAUGUGUGGUGGUAGAUACGAGGGAAAAAAGACAGUUUUGAGUCUGACCAGAAACUGUCUUGUCAGUGUUAAUUGAAUAAGCGGUUUCCAACAACAAGUGGCAUUCGUUCACAGUCCAGAUGCCUUGACUCUGCUUCAAUAGGUUACAUACUCAUUUAAAUGUGGCGAAUGGUGUUCUUUCAUCCACUCUGAACAUUUUCUCUUUUUUCAUAAUCGAGUGGUCAUAUUAAUGGAAAAAAUACAGCAUAAGCAAGUUGAUGGUGGGGAACUGAAAUUACAUGUUGCAGAGAUUGGAGCAUCUAUGUCUCGUACUUAAUGUAAUUUUAGCUUAUUAUUCUUAUAAUUUGAUUUGGUUAUAAGUCCAACUGUGUUGUUACCGCAUGGCUUUCCUGAAAUUUAGUAUUCAUGGCAUCAUAAAAUGAUUACAGGUUCAAUUGUGUUGUUACCGCAUGGCUUUCCUGAAAUUUGGUAUUCAUGGCAUCAUCAAAUGAUUGCUUUAGUAGAUGCAGGGUUGCAUGCAAUUUCCCCUGUUUUCAAGGGUUAUGGACUCUCUAAUCAACCUUCCCAAAUAGAGAAAGGCAACUCUGUAGAUCUUGCGGAGAACAUGGCUGGCCUUCUUGAUACAUUUGGCAUUCAGAAAGAGCACGGAAGAGCCUUGUCAGAAUUUGGACGUUUUGAUGCAGAAACGAUGGUAAAGAAUAUAUAUACCAUUUUCUCAGGAAUUGAACUGGCAGUGGCAGAGGAGGGUAAAGAGAUCAUGGACCUCUAUAAUUCUGCAACUCCUUUACCAUCUUGGUUUACUGAGGAUGACCAUAAUACAUACUCAAUCCUAUAUGAGAAAUCAGGUUUUUCUUUCCCUACACAAGUUCCCUACAUUACUAUGAUGAGGUACAUAGCAUUGCUUGUUGUGUCAUUUGUCUGCUACAUUGCAACAUUUGCAUUUUCUGGGCUACUAUUCUAUUGGUUCAAUCCCUCAGGAAAUGACUGCAGUCUCAAUAUUUUCUUCAUUUGCAUUUGCACUCAUUGUAUUGAAUCCUAAGAUGUAAAUAUUUGUUCAAUUUACAAUUCAAUAUGUAAGAUGUAUUUUGAUUUUAUUCUUUA